CUGAACUGAACGUCGCGGCACGACGGUUCUUCGUAAAGACUGUUGUCGAACUAUACUCAGUAAUGCUCUGUAUGGUGAGCUAGUCUGUAGCAACUGUAUAUAUUUAUAUAUACUCGGAAUUUUUAGACAAAUUUUUUUAGUGCGAAUCGUUUUCUUUGGUUCAUGUAAUGCGGAGUGUGUAAUGAAGUGUAUUGUGUUUGAAAUAAAUUGAGAAGAAGGGCAAAAAAUACGCUCCUCCUCUUUUCUCCACCAACAAAAAUCAACACGAACCUGUUUACCAAUCAGGCGGAUUUCUAUUACACUUCGAGGACCUUGUUUCCUAACAAUCAGUAACGACUAAUCUUUAGCUCUGGAAAUCUGAUUAUCCAAGAUGCUGUUACUGGAGAAAUAAUAGUGGAAUAUUCCUCAGGUGAAUUUAACAUUUGGAUUACUACACAUGAUUUUGGAAACCCAAAAAUUGUACUGACACUUGUGACCUAAAGUAGUUGAUUAGAAAAGUGUUUUCCCAAAAAGGGUAAAGUAAAGAAAAAUUUCUUAUACAGAAUUGUGAAAGUGUUAGACUCUCGCGUCUUGUUCAGUUUCAUCAAACAGCCAGUGACGGUAAAUUGUCUGGAUAUACACUAACUCUGCACUCUGUUCUUUGGCGCUAUUCUUCAUUCCUUCAGCCAGUCCAAAUUUUAUUCUGGCUCAACCAGUUAAACCCUCCAAGAUGCAAUAGUAGUGAGAAAUGUAUUGAGUGCUGCUGUCCGUCCCGCCUAUCCACUUAACCUCCCGUCUCGUUCUCACCUUCAGAGAACUCACCUUCGGCAGCUCCAGUGUUCCUGUGUAACGUUAUUCAAAAGGAAUAAGAGUGUCUGAUAUAUGUUGAUCUCUGUAUGCUGUGGCCACUGAAUCUUUCUGAAGCUUCUCUUACUUUUCAUAAAAGAAGCCGUGCAACACCUAUGCACUAAUCGUCACUAGAUGGAGAAUUUUAUACAACUUUAAAGCAAUUUUGAAAAAAAAUAUAAGAGCAAUUCUAUCCAAGUCUAAAACUGGUUCCACACAUACUGUAUGAUGAUGUUAAGAGCGAUAACAAAGGAGACUUCUCUCUUUUUACUUGCCUACGUACUUUGGUGUGCUAAAAUCUUCAUUAAAAGAAAUAAUCAUAUACAACAGGCAUAAUUAUGAAUAAUACUGCCCGACCGUGUAACUAGGAAUCAAACAUACGAUAUUGAUCAUUCAACCAUUAUAUAUUGAAGUUCCACAAAAACUGUAUGAUUGGAACAAAAGUUAAAUUGCUGUUAAAGGAUUGUGCAUGGAGUUGUGCAAUGAUGGGUUUGCAAGCCACGUCAGGAAAACGUAAAUUGGAAACAGGUGUGGUUUGUAUGGAAUUUGAUAUGGAUGUCGGUGAGAAUCCUUCAAAAUUUAGUAGAGUUGAUGGUAGCUGGUGGGCAAUGGAUGAAAAUUACACGUCACAAUUAAAUCAAACGACAACAACAACGUCGCCCUCUUCGUAUUAUGAAAUGGAUUCACCAUUGUCGUGUUUACAAACUGGACUUUGUCCGUCGACAACUCCAACAACACCUCCAGCUCAAUUACAUCAUUCUCAGCAUUACUAUCAACGAGGUCUUGGAAAUAAUGGUUACAAUCAACUAUCAAGGCCAACAAUACAAUGGGCACAGCCCCACAAUUAUGAGCCUCCAAUGAUAAGGCGAGAAGAAAAUGGUAAAAGUUAUUUGGAGCUUGGCUCUAGUUAUCGUGCAAACGACAGAUGUUGUGAAGGUUCAAGGUCAAGUUGGUGCCGAAGAGGACGGACAUGUUAUAGACAAAGAAGACUAGCUGUUCUCAAUAUUUCAAUGUGCAAAUUAGCGAGAUAUCGUCAAUUCCCAGAUCCAAGUUUACAUCGAUCAGUACUCAUUUGCAAUACAUUAAGGCAUUUAGAAAAAGAAAUGGAGAGGGAUCGUAGUCCACCUCCAAUGGAACCUGUUAUUUCAACGACACCAAUUGCUCAACUGCAAACAUCUGAGCAAGGAAGGCUUACGCCAUUUCCCAUACCUCCAAUUUCUUCUACAGAAACAGAUGCCGAUUCAGGUAUUGGUGACAGUGAGGAUAGUCGAUCGAUCAAUUGGGGAAGUGUUUUAUCUCUCUCAAGUCAAUCACCAUUAGAUCCACUCAAUAAUAAUGAGCUUCUAGAUGUUGAUAUAGGUCCCGAUUUGGAAUUGGAUUUAAUUCCAGGUUGGAAACUCACACCACUAUCGGCGGAUGACAUUCUCAGGAAUACUAACGCCCAAGAACACCAUGUGAUUUCUAAUGUUUCGAUAGGCAGCACCACGAGUAGUAAUUAUGAAUCGCUUAUGUGCGUAGGAUCAUAGCCUUCGAUACUUACUUUAUUAAGUGGUCAUUGAUUUCUAUCCUCCUGACGCAUAAAAAGAAAAAAAAGAUUUUUAGUGCUAACGACGACCGUCCGCUGCUUCGGUUUACGUAUCAAUGCAGAGCAGCUGCCUAAUAACAUCACUAAAUAUUUAACAUUACAUUCUAAUCUAUCUGAAAUGAUGGGCUAAAAAAUAUUUCAGAAUGUUUGUACAAUGAUCGGUGGUGUUAUUAGGGAAAAGUUAUCUGCUAAUAAAAUAUGACUAUUGUUAUGGUAACUUAAAAAAAACAUUUAUGAUACGAAUUAUUACUUAUAUGAUGCACAGUUUUGGGGAAAUGGUGCUAUUACGUACGACCUGAUGCUCUUUUUUUAGGCCUAUCAGUAACAAGUGAAAAAUCAGUAUUUUAUAAUAAAGUCAUAAAUAAUUGACGGUUUUUUUAAAUCAAAACUUGUCACUUAUUUUACAAAAUUAAACGAAUAACUUAAACAGAAACCUACUAAUACUAUUUUACCAAUAUUUAAACAAAUAUAAAGUUUUAAGUUUAGACAACUUUUAUUUAAAGGUGGGCAGUGAUUUUUUGUGGACCUUGUAAAAAGAUGAGCAUAUUGUAAAUAUACAUCUUAAUAUACAACUAACAAAAUUAAAAUUUUAAUUCUAUUCGUAACUAACUCUAUUCUUAACUCUUCUUAACUAUUCUUAACUCUUUUAUAUGUAGACGUAAAAUAUUUUUUUCCUUUUGGAGUAAGCUUUAAAUUGGGUUAGUCCACUGACUUUCGUCUAAUAGUGGUUGCAACCAAAUUUAAAAAAAAUCUAGUUUUAAUAUAUGUGAAACUCGAUGAUUCCCUAAGUUCAUUACCCAGUAAAAAAUAAAAGAUGCAAGAAAAGUGGAUUCCGGUUACAAGCUCAAUAUCUGGUAAACGAAUCCCUGAGAAUCUUGGAUACAAGCACUUUUCCGUAUCCAAAAUGCUCAUAAGUUUGUAAACGCACUGAAACGAACGACUUUUGUAGGGCUUUUAAUCAAGAAAAAGAAGUAAAUGAAUGCAGAAACGUUGGGAAAUUAAAUUAGAAGCAAAAAUAAAUAAUUAUGUAUUAAAGAAACGUACACUUAAACAAAAAACAAUUAUUCUUACUAAUUCUAACUUCUGCAUUAAAAACAUUGUGAAAGCAGUGUUUUGUUGGCGAUUUUACCUUGUUAUUCGGAAAAUAUGGUUUUCUAUCUUACCGACAUUGGAUAUUAAUUUAACGCGGUUUUUUUUGAUUUUCUAAUUUCAAAAGCAAUUCAAAAUAAUCAAAAUGUUAUUAAACAUAAUUAAGUGCUUAUUUUUAAUUUCCUUUACCACUUUUUAUUAAAUAAUUUUGGAUUUCUAUUGAAAUUGAAAAUUCGACAAAACCUGCGUUAAAUUAAUAUCCAAUGUCGGUAAGGUAGAAAACCAUAUUUUCCCAAUAACAAGGUAAAAUUACCAAGAAAACACUGUUUUCCCAAUGUUUUCAAUGCAGGGGUUAGAAUUAGUAAGAAUAAUUGUUUUAUGUUUAAAUGUAUGUUUCUUUAAUAAAGAAUCAUUUAUUUUUGCUACUAAUUUCAUUUCCCAUCGUUUCUGGAUCCAUUUAAUUGCUUUUUCUUGAUUAAAAGCUUUACAAAAGUCGUCCGUUUCAGUGCGUUUACAAGCUUUACAUCAUUUCGGAUACCGAAAACUGCUCGUAUCCGAGAUUCUCACGGAUUCGUUUACCAGCUAUUGAUCUUGUAACCGGAAUCCGCUGUUCUUGCAUCUUUUAUUUUUUACUGGGUAACCAUAAUAUUAUGGUAAAAAUUUUAUUCCCUUUAAAAAUAUUAAAUAUCAAAAGUAGGAGGUUCACAAUGUGAUUUUGUAACCUUAAAUUUUUCAAUUUUUUUAAAAACGCUAUUAUUAAAAAACUAUUAAAAAUUAGAUGUUGGAACUCACCAAAAACAUAAAUCACUUUAUUCUGCACAGAGGAACGAAAGAAU